CUCCGACUGUAAAGUGGAUGUAAACUUCCCGGAAUCAGCUGCCUCCAGCUGCCUUCAGCCAGACCCUGACAACUACAGCGCCGAGGAGCCCCUGUCUGUCUGCCUGUCCGCCUGCUUUCCUCUCUGGCUGCCCGACUCUCACUGUUUAAAGUUAAAAGGAUUUUCAGCCAGGAUCAUGCCACCAAAGAGACGAGCUGCUGCUGCCAAGGCAGGAGGCAAGAAGGCGAAAGCGGAGACACCAAAGCCCAAGGAUGCCUUCACCUCUGCCAAAGAGGCCCUUCUGGCUGCAGGGCCACAGGUGAAAGGGAAGAGGAAGGUGGAUGAGCACUGCUCACUGUCGAGCCAAGGAGAGGUGCAUGAAGACUAUGACUGCAUGCUCAAUCAGACAAACAUUGGACACAACAACAAUAAGUUUUAUGUUGUUCAAGUUAUUAACGUGAACAACAGUUACUAUACAUGGAACAGAUGGGGCAGAGUGGGGGAAGUGGGACAAAGCAAACUUAACAGUUUCAAUUCACCUGAAAAUGCCAUCAAAGACUUUGAGAAAAAAUUUAAGGACAAGACAAAGAACAACUGGAGCGAUCGAUUGAAUUUUGUGUCUCACGCUGGGAAGUACACCCUGAUCGAGGUGGAUGGAGACGAGGAUGCUGAGGUCAAGGUGGACACUGUCGACGGAAAGGCUGUCAAAGUCAUUAAAAACGUCCUGCCCUGCACCCUCAACGAUGCUACAAAGAAGCUUGUUGAGCUCAUUUUUAGCAAUGACAUGUUCAAGGAGGCGAUGGAAUGUAUGAACCUAGACAUCAAGAAGAUGCCUCUGGGCAAACUCAGUAAGACGCAGAUUGCGAAGGGCUUUGAAGUGUUGGAGGAGAUCGAGGCAGCCAUGAAUCAAAAAAGAGGAGGCUCACGUCUGGAAGAACUUUCCUCAAAGUUCUUCACCACAAUCCCACACAACUUUGGCCGGAACAGACCGCCAACCAUCAACAGCAAAGAAAUUGUGGAGAAGAAGAAAGAGAUGCUUAUGGUGCUGGCUGACAUCGAGCUUGCCCAGACUCUUAAGUCAGAGACUGAAAAGGCUCAGGAAGAGAUGAUAGAAACAGUUCCUCACCCUCUAGACCAGGACUACAAUUCUCUCCAUUGCGAGCUCACUCUAAUGGAUACAAGCACAGACACAUUCAAGGUCAUCGAAAAGUACUUGAAAGCCACUUCAGAUGACUAUCAUAAACCAAAAAUUGUCAAUGUUUGGGAAGUGGAUCGAGAGACAGAGGGAGACCGGUUUAGCGAGAAUGACAGUCUAGAGAACCGCCGUCUGCUGUGGCACGGUACAAACAUUGCGGUGGUGGCAGCCAUCCUGAAGAGCGGUCUGAGGAUAAUGCCCCAUUCAGGAGGCCGCGUUGGUCGCGGUAUCUAUUUUGCAUCUGAAAACAGAAAGUCUGCAUGUUAUGUGCGCACCUCUAAAAAUACUGGAGUGAUGUUUCUGAGUGAGGUGGCCCUCGGAAGAGAGAAGACCAUCACCAAAGACGACUCUUCCUUGAAGAAGGCUCCUCCAGGCUAUGAUUGUGUGGUGGCACGAGGAAACGUAGAACCAGAUCCAUCCAAGGACACCACAAUCACCCUGGAAGGCAAGAAGAUUGCCGUGCCUCAGGGCAAGCCCGUAGAGCAGCCCCAGUUCUCAGAUAGCCACUUCAGCAACAGUGAGUAUCUCAUCUACAAAGAGAGCCAGUGUCGCCUUCGCUACCUGCUGGAGCUGCACAUGUGGGACUAAUUCUGCUCGAGGAAAGAAGCAGGUCCUUUGAACGAGCAAAGUUCCUCAUUCCCUCUGUAUAAGGGGCUUCUUAAAAGGCUUGGCUGUGCUGUUUUCUUAUAAUAACAUAGUAAUCUUCAUUAUUACAGCUAUUGUGCAGAUAUUCUCACCAUGACGCGUAAAUGACUCAUACUUCUUUGUGCCUUAUAUUUUGCACACUGUAAAACUGGCCUGAGCCUCAUAGGCUGCACUUGCAUUAUAAAAAAAUAUUUAGAUUUGUUUUGAUUUACUCUUCUGCACUACAAUGAAAAAAAAAUAGUUUUACACUUCUUACUUGAUCAUGGUUGAUGAUGAUGAUGAUGAUUGAUGAUUUUAAAGUCUGAAAGGCCUGUAGAUAUUUGCACUAUUUAAUUUGAAUUAUAUGCUGCAACUUGUUUUCUGUUUGGCAUCUCAGUUGCGGUUUGAGCAGCUUACCUUUUACGUAUAGCUUUAUUUAACCCAAAUGAAAAUGGUAAUAUAACCCUCUCCCUAUGAAAGAAAAUAUCUUUGUCGGAUGAAGUUACUGCACGCUUUUGCAGUUAUAUAGAUGUUUAGAAUUAUGUUAUAUAGCAGAGCAGAAGUAAAAGUAAUACUCUAAGCAGCAAUAUGUUUACAAGCAGAUGUAUAAAAUGGAAUUUGUGGCGAAUGUUAAAACACUGGUGUAAAUUGAAUGUUUUGUUGAACUGUUAAGAAAGACUCUGAAAGUGCUCCUGCAGUGCAAAGUAAUGUAACAUGUAAGUCAUUAAUAGUCUUGCCAGAUUUCUUGCACCUUAGGUCUUCUAGCUACAUUACAAAUGUCACCAUGUGGUGUCAGUAAUGAGCAGCAACUGUAAUGUAAUUCCCUCAGAAUUUUUGCACUAAGACAUUACUUGAAUCAGUCACUUGAAUUAGUUAAUAAACUAAAGUGCCCCUCCAACCUGCUGCAAUGUUUUUCCUUCUGGAUGUUGAGCUUGACGAUUUUGUAUACUUGCUAUGUUGGGUGUUUUACAGUGUUACAGCUUACAUGGUAGUUAUUGUUUACUAAUAUAUAUAUAUUUUUUUUAUGUAAGACAUUUUCAGUAGGCUGCUGGACUAUAAAAGGUAAUACAGUUUAUUUCUAUGGCAGUAAUACAUCCAAAAAAAGAUGAUUUGUGAA